CCCAGUUUUGAGGCGCAUGUGCAUGGCGCGAGGCGCCUCGCAAGCAACGAUGCAUCGACGAUAUGCAACUGUGUCACUCAUCGCCGCCUGUGUGCAUGGCCUGACGCUGCCGGGCGACUAUGCCCGCGCUGCAAGCAAGCUCGCUGGACCCGUGAGGACCGUCUCCUCCGUCGGCUGCGGCGACAUUGAAGGCGUAGAAGAAGGCACCAUCGUCGUCGAAGGAACUACAGCGACCAUGGUCGCCGCCGACGCGGUGGUCUACUCCGCGGGCGACGGCGCGGACGCGAAUUUCGCUGGUUUAUUGGAGGCGGUCGAAGUCGACCUCGCAUUACGGGCGUCGAGCGGCGGCGCGCGGCCACCGAAAGUCGUGGUCGUGGUCGCGAGCAACACAAAGGCGGCAAAAAAGGCGCUUGAUAAAAUGUGGGCGGCCGCCGCGAAACCACCCUCCAUGGCCGACGUGGAUAGGGACGCCGUCCUGAAGGCGACGGUCGUCGAGGACGCCUCCGCCGUCGCCGCCGCGCUCCAGGCGGCCGGGUCCACCGAGGGCGGCGCCGAGGCCGUCGCGCAAUUGAAGGCGGCCCAGGCCUUCGCCAGCAAGCACGCGUCCGUCUCCGUGGAAGCGGAUGCUGCCGAGGUCAGCGCGGCGCCGUCCGUCGUCGCCGCGGCCUCAAAAGCCAUCGAGGAGGACCUCCCGAGAUUAGCCGCCGCGUUAGAAGCUAGAGUGCAACUCGCAUCGACGUUCUGCGAAACUUUAGGAGCGGAGUGCGAGGGCGUCGUCGGUGAUGUCUUGGAGGCCUUCGACGCGGCGGCGGGCGAGGGCGGCGCGCUCCUGAAAGCUACAAGAGACAGUGUUGCGAGGGACGCGAGGCGGGCGCUGGAACGGACCGUCCUGCCGGCGCAGCUUGAGUUGCUACGAGCGAAGGCUUUCGGCGAGCUCAAGAAGAAGCUCAAGGGUCUACGGAUCCAACGAGGCGUCAGGCAAGAUGCCCAAAAAAUGGUCUCCCAGUCGGUCGCGUUCUUCGACCAGAAGGCCAAGGCGGCGCUGGCGAAGACGGCUUGGUCCGCGCGGGCGCAGAAGCGCGACUUAGAAAUGUUUUUGAGCGACUACGUCCAGGAGCGCCUCGACGCCGCGGUGCUCGGCGGCACGCACAUCCCGGGCGGGCGGCAGGGCCUGCGGAAGCUCUGGCCCUUCCCCGUGGCGCUCAGCUUCCACUGGUUGCAGCCGGCGGCCUUAGGUCGCGCCGUCGACGGCGCGCAGGGCCUGACGGCCUCGGACCUCAAGCGCUUUAAUGUUAAGGCGGAAGAUGUCGGAAAGCCGGCUUUCGCCAUCCCGGACCGACUGAAGAACCUCGGCGCGGGGCUGCGGUCGUCGAACGCGGCGCCCGUCGAGUAGAGAGGUCGUGGUUAAGUACGUUCCUAGUC